AUGUUCUAUUGUCUCUGUAUCUACGGCUACCUCGGGGUUUUUGACCCGACUAGAGCAACGUGGAAUAUUCUUCCAGUGAAACCUUGUCCCGCAUUUCGUCAGCUAGGUUUCGGUGUGCCAGUGUUGAUGACAGAGCAUGAAGGAGGCAUCUUUGUUAUUUUGACAUGCUACAGCAAGAAGCCGUCUGUGUUUAGACUAAAUCUUAAGAGAAAUGUAUGGGAAGAGACGAGAGAACUCGGUGGGUUGACAGUAUUCGCAAGUCGCCAUGUCUCUCUUACAAGAGCUGGUCUCCCCUCGGAGAUGAGGAACAGAAUAUAUACAUCGCAUUACGGGCCACAUGACAUGUACUACUACUCUCUUGGUGAUGAGCAAAGCUCACGUCCCCCUCCAAUGUUUCCAUACGGCAGCGUUUGGGUUGAUCCACCUCACAACAUUAAUUUGUGA